AUGGCUGUUUCUGCUAUUCAGGGAGUCACUAUGUCAACCAGCUCUUUGGCUGCAAAGUAUGUUCUCCCAGCAUAUAAUACCGAUCGCGAUACAGAGAUUAACGGGAAUUCAUUAUCCUUUUGGGUUCCUAUCAUAUCCCGUUGGGAGGCAAACAAGUGGUCUGAUGUCGACGAAAAUGGCGUUGUCGGUCUCAACUCCAAUGUAUAUCAUAAAUGGUACAGUCCAUCAAGUGGAUGGUCGGCUUGGGAUUCUAUGGGUAAAAAUAGCAUUUGUGCUCCUAUUGCCAUCAAAUAUGCUGUUAACAAGGUUGCUGUCUUUAUAAUUGGAUUCGAUAAUCUGGCCUAUGCCGGUCUGAGUACUUCCGAUACGGCGUUCACCUGGACAUGUAUCGGUGAUAAACUUAAGAAGUUAAAGGGUGGCUCCAUAACAGCCUGUGGUUACGACGGUCGAAUUAUUUUAUUCGGCGUAGAACUUAGUUCUGGUAAGCUUAUUCACACAUGGACGGGGCCAGGAAAUGUCUGGAUUGACUUUUGGCAUACCUUUGAUGGUUUUUGUUUGAGUAAUCCUGUUAUGGUAUCUUGCAAGCCAGACUGUGUGGAUGUUUUCGUAUUCGGAGAAACUCACAACUUGAAGCGAAUAAGUUCCAGAAAUGGCAUAUGGGGAUCUUGGCAGGAUUGCCUUGGCACAUAUCUGUAUGAUCCCACCGCCGUCUCCGUGUCUCCAGGUCGUAUAGAUGUCUUUGGCAUUGGUUCUGAUGGACAACUUUAUCAAAGUUACGUUACCAUUACGGGAAUGGAGAUUGGAACAAUCACAUCGAAAUCUAUUGGGGCACUUUCUCUAUCAACUCCAAAAACGUCAGUCACAUCACCUGGCGUGUUUUCAGUCACUACUGAGAGUGCAAAAGGUGUUUAUCAGCAGAAUUUUUUAGCCUUCUCGUUCUCCAUGAAUAAUCUCACACCCUCUAUGAGAGACUUUAAUGCUUUUAUUCUACGCAAUAUCAUUGCCAAUGACGUUCGAGCCGAAGGAAACGAAAGUGAGAUAGAGAUCACAAGUGAGAAGUUAUGGAGUUUGCUCAAGCGACUCCUUGGCCAUUGGCCUUGUCAUUGGUUUGAUGGUUGUCAAGUUAUUCUGCAUUCUCCUUAUGAGCCUCUUGUCAUGUAUUGGAAUGACUUCAAAGCGUCAACAGAAGAAAAAGCCAAAGAAGAAACCGAAAACAAGCACGGGCUGGUCUUAAGCUUCUUCUGGAAAUCAUUAAUAGUGGAUUUGGAGAUGGUAAACUCGAUAAUGAAGGUGUGGCAGAUUGAUCGAGCCACAUUUCUCAAGGAAAUUCCUGAGAAUGACUUUCGUAACUCAGGAGUAGCCAAUAAAGUUGAAGGGAAUUCGUUGGUCUUCGCAUUUCUACGCGUUCUCGAAUAA